AACAGAUAAGACGAGCUUGGUCGAGCCGAUGGUAAUCCUAUCCUAAUCAGUCAGUGGCUGACUGUUGGAGGAGGAACUUCAAAUCAAACGGUCAAGUUGAAGUGAACCAGUUGUGUUUAUGUUUUAUAUUCAAGGUUCGGUUUUGGUCACGAAAUAUUCCACCCAAUUUAGUGCUACUUAUGCUAUUACCUCGUGUAUUAUUGUUGUCGGCAAUGAAAAUUCAACUUUAAAAUUUUACGUCCUCAACAAAGAUAAUUCCUUGUUCACUAUCGUAUCGAUCCAGAAUUAGUGUUAAUUAUUCACAUCCAGUAUGUUUGAACGUUGCCAUUGAGAUUACGAAGAAAUGAUUCACUUACCAUGAGAGUUGUCAGUUAUGCUUUGGUUUUAGCGGUUUGCUUUUCAAGCUUCGGUGAAAUCAGAGGUGAUGUCAAGAUUUCUACGCAUGAUUUGGAGCUGACAAAGGGAGAUGAGCACAAUGUCUCACUUCAAAUUAGUAAUUGCAAAGAAGAAAUUCAGCUGAUAGUUCAACAUGAUGACAUCGUCAACAUCAAUCCUAAUGUUAUACCAGUGGAAAAUAAAACUGAAACCUUGGUGACAUUGGUUGUAAAAGCUGUUGGCGCUGGUCACUCAGAAAUUUAUGCAAAUGUUACCAACAGAGAAGAUUUGCAAGAUGUCUAUCUACGUGUUACUGUGAACAAAAUACCAAGUCUCGACACCAUAUCAACUGUAAUUGGAUGGAUAUACUUUGUAGCUUGGUCAGUGUCAUUUUAUCCUCAGAUAUACACUAACUUCAGAAGAAAAAGUGUUGUAGGUCUCAAUUUCGAUUUUCUAGCCUUGAAUCUGAUAGGAUUCUCCCUGUAUUCAAUAUUCAACAUUGGCCUCUACUAUAUUGAUGAAAUCAAGGUAGAAUAUAAUGCCCGCCACCCAAGAGGUUUGAUACCAGUAUUACUGAACGACAUUUUCUUUGCUGUACAUGCCAUUAUAGCCACUCUUAUAACUAUAAUUCAAUGUUACAUCUACGAAAGAGAUGGACAAAGAAUAAGUCUAACAGCAAAAGGAAUAAUGAGCUUUUUUGGUGUUAUAAUACUCAUCAGUGCGAUACUUUGUCUCAGUAACGUUGUUCAUUGGUUGGACUUCCUAUACAUUUGCUCCUAUGUGAAGUUGACUAUCACGCUCAUCAAGUAUAUACCACAGGCCUACAUGAAUUAUAAGAGAAAGAGCACUGUAGGAUGGAGUAUUGGUAACAUCUUCUUGGACUUCACUGGUGGAAUGCUCAGUAUGUUACAAAUGAUUAUUAAUGCUUACAAUUAUGAUGACUGGGUUUCAAUAUUUGGAGAUCCAACAAAGUUCGGACUAGGAUUCUUCUCUGUUUUAUUCGAUAUAUUCUUCAUUGUACAGCAUUAUAUACUCUACAGGGCCACAAAUUACGAGGAGAACCCAUAGUAUUAAGAAUGAAACAUUAUUUAUUGUCUGAAAAUUGUGUGAUUGAUAACUUAAAAGAAUAAAAUAUUUUUGUAUAGUU